UUUUGCAGUAAUAAAGGGGCUGCGAAACGCAACCGCAAGCUUCAUUCGUCUGCUAGUAUUAUCUGGCUGUAGGUGCGUUCUACAGCAUGGCCAAGGUGGUCGUUUUAGUCGUUGCACUCCUCUGCAGCAUCGUCGGCGAUGUCAGGGGAGCGGAUUUGAAAGAUGUGCUCGGGACACUUACGGAAGGUCCGUUGGCGAGACUUUUCGAUUCGUUCAUUGACCCACCACCGCGAACGGCCGGGUUCGAAACACUUGUGCCGCAGAGAGACAUUCGACUGCACUGUACGAAAACAUCGCAGCCUCGGUUUCGGGAAGUGUUCUUUGGUGAUAUCAACGUAAAGGACAAGAUUGACUUCUCGCUGCCACUGACGAUCGCCAUCCAUGGCUGGAGGGAUAGUAGCAAUCUCACCUUGUAUAAUACGCUGACUGCUAGCUAUCUGCGCUAUGUGAAGAACAUCAACUACUGUCUGCUGGACUGGAGACCGUACGCCGAGUUCGGGUAUCAGAUUACGGCUCGAAAGAGUGCUCCGCAGGUGGCCAGCUAUCUGUUCGGAUUCCUGCAGGGUAUUAGCCUGCUGUACUAUCCACUGGAAAGUGUGUCCCUGAUAGGGUUCAGCAUGGGUGGUCAGAUUUCCGGCCUGACAGGCAAGCUGUUGCCCGGAAGGGUCGGAACGAUUUACGCGCUGGAUCCGGCAGGACCUCUGUUUUCCCAUCCCUUCGAUAUUGGACCGACGCGACGGUUGGCCGAAACCGAUGCGAAGUACGUACAGGUGAUCUACACGUCACGCUACACGGUAGGCUUCGGGAAGCUUGUGGGCACGCAAAACUUCCUCCCGAACGAGGGUUACCAUCCACAAGCACCCUGCAAGGCGAAGGAGGACGGACUAGGUGAGCUGUCCAUUGCACUGCGCUGUAGUCAUCAGUUCGCUGUGAAACUGUUCACCGACAGUCUGAACCCGGCCAAUUCCAUUGUGGGACAGAAGUGUACCUCAGUACUUGGAGCAAGGGUAUGCCUAUUCCAGCCCAAGGACCGAUUAGGUAUUUACGCGAAAAGAACUCCGGGCAAUUUUUACAUAUAAACGAAAGCUCAACUGAGGUAAAGCCACAUCAUCACACCAACUCAUUUUGCGAAGAUGAAUUCACAAGUUCGGACAUAAAACUCCUCAUCAUAUGUAA